AUGUCUGUCGAGGAACCAACCCCUGCCACCAUUCCCGCUGAGCCACUCGCGGCCCCUAGCGCGGACACGCCCGCAGCAAAGGCCGGAUUCCCCACAACGCAGAAGGCGUGGCGCGCGAUGCGCCGCGGGAAGCCCGCAGACGUCCUCGCGCUCGUCGACGUGCCCGUACCUGCAAAGCUCCAGAAGGGCGAAGUGCUCGUCAAGGUGCAAGCCGCCGCGCUCAACCCCGCGGGCUACAAGAUGAUGGGCAUCUUGCCCGGCGUUGUGCUCAGGCGCGCCGGUGCGGUCGAAUACGACCUUGCGGGUGUCAUCGUGGACGCCAAUGGUUCGGAGUUCGCGGAAGGCGACGAGGUCUAUGGCUGGAUCACCGUUCAAUCGAACAUGAGCGGCGGCCCAGGUGCGCUCACGCAAUAUACGCGGCUCCCGGCUGGGAACCUCGUCCUGCGGUCCAAGAACGUGACGCCGACCCAGGCGGCGGGCUUCAGCUUGGCUGGCCUGACGGCGUACCAGUCGCUUAUCGGAGCCGCGAAGCUCGAGGCGGGCCAGUCCGUGUUCAUCAACGGCGGAAGCACCGCGGUGGGGUCUUUCGCAAUCCAGAUCGCAAAGGCCAGGGGCGCACGCGUUACCGCAAGCGCGUCCGCAAAGAACGAGGCGUACGUGCGCAGCUUGGGUGCCGACGAGUUCUUUGACUACACCAAGGCGCCGCUGCACGAGCAGCUCGCGGCGGCGGACGUGACGCCGAAGUUCCAUGUCUUUUACGAGACGGUCGGGCUCGUAGACCCGGCGCUGUUCACGCACAGCCCGGCGUACCUCGCGCCUGGCGGCAUCUUCUUGUCCGUUGGGCCGACGUCCACGGGGGCCGGGUACGCGGCUAUGGCGAACUUCGUGUGGAACGUGCUCUUGCGGCCGUCGUUCCUCGGUGGCGUGAAUCGCAAGUGGAAGUUCGUGGGGGUCAAGGCCGUUCCGGAGGACUUGAAAGCGUUUGCGAAGUUGGUCGAGGAGGGCAAGGUUCGCCCGAUAGUGGACUCGGUGUACGCGUUCGAAGAGGCGAAGAAGGCGUACGAGCGGGUGCUCUCGCAGCGGGCGACUGGCAAGGUUGUGGUGAAGGUGGAUCCGUCUGUGGAAUGA